AUGAUUCUGGGAGCUUCUCACUUGGUUCUUUUCGAGAACAAUGGCGCUGAAGGCGAGCCAAGGCCUGAUGCAACCCCGGGCACUGGAUCAGCACCUUCAGGAUCUUCUGCUCAGUCCAAUCCCACGGUCAAGCCUGAGACGAAGCAACCUAAGGCUACUGAUAAGUCGCCGAAUGCCAGCAGUAACAAAGACACUCAGUCUGGGGCAGCAUAA